AUCAGCACUGGGCCUUCGGUCUGUUUUCAGUAGUCGGAGUGGAAGAAAAAUGGCGGCUGCGACCGAUCAGAAGCGGGACGCCAGCCAUUCGUUUUGAGCUUUCUCACGUAAACCGAGACCGGGGCUUUACGGGACUACUUCUUUGGAAUCUACGCAAAUCAAGCUUUCGGGCGGUACCCGUUUUUCUUGUUUCUGUGAAGGCUAAAUAAACGCAGAAAUUGAAAUUGAAAAUAAUAGCUUUUAUAUAUAAUGAGGGGGAAAAGAGGCAGGCCGCCCAAAACCUUGCGGAUGCAGGAGCCUUCAUCCGAGCCGGAGCGUGGCUUGAGACCCAGGAGGGAGUUGAGGGCAAAGGGGAGAGGUAGUGCCGAGGUCGAUUUUGAGAGUCCCAAGAGGGGAAAUAACUCUUCGUCUAGGGGCAGAAGGAAAGUGGGAUCAUCUCGCGGUAGGGGAAGAGGCAGAGGUUGUGGUGGCAGAGGUACUAGGGGCAGACGGUCAAUCGCUAGAUCUGUGGUUUAUGAUGAUCAUGAAAGUGAUGAAGAUGAUGAUGCUGUGAGUUUGAGAUCUGAGGAGGACGAGUUGAUAGAGGAAGAGACGAUAACAGACGAGGAAGAAGAGGCCCUCAACGAGGAGUCAGACCCGCUUGAGGAAAUACUCGAGGAGGAUGAUGAUGAUGCCAGCUACUGUACUGAAAGCAGCUUUCGGAGUCAGAGCACUCAUGGCAGCACUCCGGGGCGGAAGAGGACGCGGGUGCACUGCCCUCGCUCGCCCAUCUUUGAGGAAAAGGAGAUCCCUCCUCUGGAGCUGCCCAGAACCUCUGAGGACCUCAUGGUGCCCAGCGAGGAACUGCUCAACGUGUCCUCCAUCUACGAGGUCCUGCGCAACUUCAGCACGGUUCUGCGGCUCUCUCCCUUCCGCUUUGAGGACUUCUGUGCUGCACUGGUAAGCCAGGAGCAGUGCACGCUGAUGGCAGAGACCCACACAGCCCUGCUGAAGGCCAUCCUGCGUGAGGAGGACACCUCCAACACCACAUUCGGUCCUGCUGACCUCAAGGACAGCGUCAACUCCACCCUCUACUUCAUUGAUGGUAUGACGUGGCCCGAGGUGGUCCGUGCCUACUGCGAGAGCGACCAGGAGUACCACCAUGUCCUGCCCUACCAGGAGGUGGAGGACUACCCCUAUGGCCCUCUGGACAGUAAGAUCAAGGUGCUGCAGUUCUUGGUGGAUCAGUUCCUCACCACCAACAUCGCCCGUGAGGAGUUGAUGUCAGAGGGGGUGGUGCAGUAUGAUGACCACUGCAGGGUGUGCCACAGGUUGGGGGACCUGUUGUGCUGUGAGACCUGCUCUGCCGUCUACCACCUGGAGUGUGUGAAGCCGCCGCUGGUAGAGGUGCCGGAGGACGAAUGGCAGUGUGAGAUCUGCGUGGCACACAAGGUGCCCGGGGUCACAGACUGUGUGACAGAGAUGCAGAAGAGCAAACCCUACAUCCGCCAGGAGCCCAUCGGCUACGACCGCCACCGGAGGCAAUACUGGUUCCUAAACCGAAGGAUAAUUGUUGAGGAAGACGGGGAGCAUGAUAAGAAGAAGAUCUGGUACUACAGCACAAAGGUCCAGCUGGGAGAGCUGAUAGAGUGUCUAGACAAGGAGUACUGGGAAAACGACCUGUGUGCCGUCCUCGAGGAGAUGAGAGAGGAGGUGCACACUCACAUGGACAUCACUGAGGACCUCACCAACAAGGCCCGCGGCAACAACAAGGCCUUCCUCACGGCAGCCAACGAUGAGAUCCUAGAGCGUGUGCAGGGCAGGCCGGAACGGCGAGCAGCGGAGCAGGCAGAGAAGGCCUCUACAGACACCACCAAGAUAGAGGAAGAGACCCCCACACACUGCACUCAACUACCAGACCACAGAGAGCUCCAAGACUCCGAGUCUAAAGAGGAGACAAGCUCACAAGAGGAUAAGCCUGUAGACUCAGAGUCCCAUGGAGAGGAGGACCCCUCUGCCCAGUGCCAGCCUACUCCCCCAACACCACACCCUGGAGACGAGAACAGCAACAGCAGCCACGUCUCAGCGCCUGGGGUCCUCAGGAGGCCUGAAGAGCCAAACCUCGCUGACAGGUCCUCUCAGUCCUCCAUCACCAGCCAGGACGACACGGGUGAAGGCAAGGAGAUUGGGAAUGGUGAGGGGUCAGCGUCUGGAUGGACUAACAAUCGCAUAGUGACUCGUCUGCGUAACCCAGAGAGUAAGCUGAGCCAGCAGAAGACCCAGGGAGAUGGCAGCCCUACACCCAGGGACAGCAAGGAGACAUCUCCUCCCAGCUCUGAGAGUGAAGUGGCUCUUCUGGGUACUGUGAGGAAAGAAUUGGCGGUGAAGGACAACCUGAACAACUUCUUCAAGCUGGGCCAGGAGGGCAAGUUCCGAGUCUACCACAACCAGUUCAGCACCAACACACUGGGCCUCAACAAGCACCAGCAUCGUGAGGACCACGACAAGCGCCGCCACCUCUCCCAUAAGUUCAGCCUAACCCCCGCCGCGGAUUUCAAGUGGAACGGCUCCAUCCACGGCUCCAAGGUGCUGACCAUCUCCACCCUGCGGCUCACCAUCAUCCAGCUGGAGACCAAUGUCCCCGCCCCCUUCCUGCACCCAAACUGGGCCUCGCACAGGACAAACUGGAUUAAAGCGGUGCAGAUGUGCAGUAAGGCUCGGGAGUUUGCCUUGGCACUGGCCAUCAUGGAGUGUGCCAUCAAACCAGUGGUCAUGCUGCCUGUCUGGAAAGAUGCACUUGGACACACAAGGCUCCAUCGCAUGACCUCCAUGGAGCGGGAGGAGAAAGAGAAGGGGAAAAAGAGAGAGAAAAAACUGGAGGAUGAAGAGACUAUGCAGCAGGCCACCUGGGUGAAGUACACCAUCCCCAUCAAACACCAGGUGUGGAAGCAGAAGGGGGAGGAGUACAGAGUAACUGGGUACGGGGGCUGGAGCUGGGUCAGUAAGACUCACGUCCAUCGCUUUGUUCCCAGGCUACCAGGGAACACCAACGUCAACUACCGCAAAGCACUCGAAGCAGCAAAAACUGGCAAAGAAAAUGCAACAUCCUGCCCGAACAAACGAAAAUGUUUGCCCAAAGCACCAACGAGCUCGGAAACCCAAACAAAAGAAGAGUCUACUCCAAUUACUGAAGAAAAAGACCAGGAGGAAACCUCCACCAUGGAGUCAUCUGGGAGCACUUCACCAGGAGAGGGGCAGACUCUGAAAGAGAAGGAAGAGAAAAAUAUCACAGACGUGGAGGAGAAGAAAGAUGAUCAGGUGGAGGAGAAGACUGAGGACAAGAUGGAUGUUGACCCCAGUCCACCAGACACCUGUCUCAGUGAGGAAAAAGGUAUAGUGGACAGCAAAUGCCCCUCGUCACUGACUGACCCUGCUGUGAAGGAGGAGCCCAGGGAGGAAGAAGAACCUAAGCAGGAGGACUCUGAGGCCAAGCCACCUGUCCGCCCCUUCAACUGGGAUGUGGUGAACGUCAGCGAGGGCUUCCAGCUCCGUACGGCCUACAAGAAGAAGGUGAAGACGUCCAAGCUCGACGGGCUGCUGGAGCGCAGAGUGAAACAGUUCACCCUGGAGGAGAAGCAGAGGCUAGAGCGCCUCAAACAGCAAUCAGCCCUGGCCAAACACACAGUCUCCAAGGAGAAAGUUAACACAGGGACUCCCACCACCAUCAAGGCUUCUACAGCAGACAAGUUAGCAGUGACACCGUGCAAAAGUCUGAAAACUGAGGGACAAGUGGACUCAGUAGUUAAAGACACAAUUGUUAAAAGGCUCGACUUUGACCAGGAGCAGCAAGUGAAAUCCCAGCCUUCAGGAGAGAAAGAUAAUCUGGACGUCAGAUUAGGCUCCACCUGUACACCCCAGGCAGCAGGAGCCACAGGCCCCAACCUCAACACCACAGAGUUGCCCAACCAUGAGAGCAGCGUUCAGGGAAAUGGUGGGGAUGCGUUAUCUCAAACAGAGCUGAAUGGAGGCUCACAGAAAAGCAUAGACCUCAACAACAAAGUCAAUUUGACAUCUCUAGAACCGGCUUUAGGUGCCCCCAAACCUCCCAGAGCAGAAGUGACGACAACAGGAGAAAACGGUAGGAAGCAUGGUUAUGAGGAGACAGAGCAAGGUAAUGGACAGAGGGAGAUAGAAAGCAAACCACAUUUAGUGCAGGUGAAUGGGAAAGACGCUGUUGACACCAAGGCUCCUGUAGACUCAAAGAUGCACUUAAACCUGGCCAACAAAGUGGACACCAAGGUCAUGCUCCAGACGUUAGAGGGUGAGAUCAAAACACUGCCAGUGAAGGAGCCUGUAAAAUCCAUUAUGAACGGUACUCUCUCUCAAGACGGGUUAAAGGUCAACAACACUGUGUUAGCCACCAGCCCAGUCACGGCGGACGUAGAGAGAAGGGUUGUGGUGUCCGAGUCUGACUAUCUGCCACCUCAGAAGGUUGCCAGACUGGAGAAUAAUGGCGACAGGGUGGCAGACUCCGUCACGUCGUCACUGUUAGGGCCGCCCACUGGUGUUCCCACGGUAAGCAACAGCACCAAGUCUGAGCCAAUGGAGAUUGGGCAGACGGCAUCCAAUAAGAUCACCCCGUUUCCUAUCCCCACUGCAGAGGAGUCCAGCUUGAGUAACAACACCACAGUGAACAGCAGUAGCAGUACUGGGGUGCUGAAGACCAUUACCCAAGUCACCACAACCACUACUACCACCAUGUCAACAGAGUCUCGCACGGUGCAGAUAGCCGAGGUCUCCAGCAGCACUAAGCCUGCAGUGACGCCUGCUGCAGAGAGCAGUGCUGUAUCCACCCUCACCACCAUGACCAAGACCACCGUCACCAGGGUCAGCUCCCCGACCCUCGGGGCCACUGUCUCCAAGGAGACCAAGACUGUUGUCACUGCAAUGUUGACAGAUGCCAAAUCUGGCCCCUCAGGCUCUUCAGUCACCUCCAUGACGGUCAGUAAGGAGUACUCCACCAGAGACCGAGUCCGGCUGCUAAAGUUCUCCCGCUCCAAGAAGACCCGCUCUGGCACGGCCCUCCCCUCUUACCGCAAGUUUGUCACCAAGAGUAGCAAGAAGAGCAUCUUUGUACUGCCUAAUGAUGACCUGAAGAAGCUGGCGAGGAGAGGGGGCAUCAGAGAGGUACCUAUCUUCAACUACAACGCCAAGCCAGCUCUGGACAUCUGGCCUUAUCCCUCCCCCAGACCCACCUUUGGAAUCACGUGGAGAUACCGUCUCCAGACUGUGAAGUCUCUGGCGGGGGUCAGUCUGAUGCUGCGGCUGCUCUGGGCCUGCCUGAGGUGGGAUGACAUGGCUGUCAAGCCCUCCCCUGCUGUAGGAACAACCCGCACAGAAUCCUCGGAGACGGCGAUCACCACAACAGAGAUCAUCAAGCGGCGAGAUGUGGGGCCGCACGGCAUCCGGUCUGAAUACUGCAUCAGGAAGAUCAUCUGCCCAAUUGGUGUUACCGAAGCUCCCAAAGAAACUCCCACUCCCCAGAGGAAAGGCCUGCGCUCCAGCGCUCUGAGGCCAAAGAAGCCUGAGCCGGCCAAGCAGACUGGACCCAUCAUCUUAGAGACGUGGGUGGCCGAGGAGGAGCUGGAGAUCUGGGAGAUCAGAGCCUUUUCAGAAAGGGUAGAGAGGGAGAAGGCCCAGGCUGCAGACCAGGCUAAGAAACGGUUGGAGCAACAGAAGCCUGGUGCCACCACCUCCACUCCCACCAGCACCCCUACAACCUCAGCUUCUGGCACUCCGGCAUCCCUGACCAGCCAGGUCACCCCGGGGACUAAACUGGUCCUGGCCACUAAGCUGGGGACACCUGUCACAUUCCAGCAGAACAAGAACUUCCAUCAGUCGUUUGCUUCCUGGGUCAAGCAGGGCCAGGGUAGUCCAGUCUCCACUUGCUCACGGGCCACCGUGGCAAACAGCAUUGUCACCACCUCUGGACAAACGUUCCAGAUCUCUGCCAGCCCGGUGACCAUGGCUGGCCAGGUCAUCACCGCCAAGCUACCCAUCCCGGCCAACAGCAAGAUUGUUACGGUCAACAUGCCAACCACACAAGGAGGUAUGGUGCAAGUCCAGCAGAAUGUCCUGGGCAUUAUUCCAUCCAGUACCCCAGGCAACCAGCGGACCUACUCCUCAUUCCAGAACCGCAACGCCACCAUCAACAUCAGACCCAACAACUCCACCUCAACCACCACUCAGCCGGUCAUUGCCACCGGAGCCCAGAUCCGUCCGGGCAUGUCGGUGAUCCGAUCGCCCCUGCAGCAGGGCACCACCAUGGGCAAAACCAUCAUCAGAACCCCCUUGAUGAUGCAACAAGGCCAGCAGCAGGUGGUGACUCAAAUCAUCCGGGGCCAACCUGUCUCCACAGCAGUUUCCAGUGCCAGCCCUGUGCAGACCAGCGCAGGCCAGAGGAUGCUGGGUGCUGCUCCGUCCCCCCGUCCUGUCACCCCUGCCACCGGGCAGGCCCCAUCACCAUCCACCCCCCAAGGCGGCCGACCACAGCAGGGCCAGGUCAAACUCACCCUGGCCCAGCUCACCCAGCUAACGCAGGGGGCACAGGGAGGGAACCAGGGUCUCACAGUAGUAAUCCAGGGACAGGGGCAGACCACAGGCCAGCUGCAGGUCAUCCCCCAGGGGGUGACAGUCAUCCCAGGCCCUGGGCAGCAGCUCAUGCAGGCUGCCAUGCCCAACGGCCAGGUGCAGCGCUUCCUCUUCACCCCAGGGGCAUCAGCCCCCACCCCCGCAACCACAGCCAGUGCUGCUGUCACCCCUGUCACAGCCCCUACAACAACACCCUCAGCUAUCGCUCCUGUCCAGCCCCUUCAACAGGCUAUCGCUCCUGUCCAGCCCCCUCAACAGGCUAUCGCUCCUCCCCCUGCCCUCGCUCCUGCCCCCCCUUCAGUGUCCACACAUCAGACUCAACCCCCUCAGACUCAAGUCCACAUCCCCCUCCAGUCCCGCACUGCAUUACCCAUCCAGCAGAUAGUUACGGCUCAGAUCAGGCCCCAGCUGCAGCUCCACCACCAACACCAGCUGAUCACAGUGCCGGGGCUGCAGCAGCAGGUCCAGGUGCUGGGCACCAUCCAGACCCACGUGGCGGCCCAGCUCCAGGCCCAGCAGGGUAGGGCGUUGCCCCAGCAGAUCAAGCUGCAGCUGCCUAUCCAGAUCCAGCAGGCAGGAGGCCAGGUGCAGGCCCACCAGAUCCAGAACGUGGUGACCAUCCAGACAGCUAGUGUGCAGGACCACCUGCAGAGGAUCCAGCAGCUCAGAGAGCAGCAGCAGAAGAAGAAGCAGCAGGAGGCCAAAAGGGAGCAGAGCCUGCAGGCCUCCAGUCCCAGCGACAUCAUCCAGAAACAGGUGGUGAUGAAGCAGAAUGCUGUGAUAGAAAAUCUGAAACAGAGGAAGACCAUGACUCCAGCAGAGCGGGAGGAGAACCAGAGAAUAAUCGUCUGCAACCAGGUUAUGAAGUUCAUCCUGGACAAGAUCGACAAGGACGAGAAGCAGGCGGCUAAGAAGAGGAAGAAGGAGGAGUCUGUGGAGCAGAAACGCAGCAAGCAGAAUGCCACCAAGCUCUCGGCUCUGCUCUUCAAGCACAAAGAGCAGCUCAAGGCUGAGAUCCUGAAGAAGAGGGCUCUACUGGACAAGGAGCUGCAGCUGGAGGUGCAGGAGGAGCUGAGGAGGGACAUCAGCAGGCUGAGGAAGGAGAAGGAGAAGGCCCAAGCUGCCGCCUCUCAGGCAGCCGCUGCUGCAGCCGCAGCCCAGGUGGUCUUAUCCCUCUCCCCCACCAUGGCCUCGCUCUCCUCCGCCCACAAACGCAAGAGGGACGACGAGAGGGACUCGUCCUCCGCCAAGCCCAAGAAGAAGAAGAUGAUAUCCACUACCUCAAAGGAUCACAAGAAGGAAGUCAAGCUGUACUGUGUCUGUAAAACACCCUAUGACGAGGCCAAGUUCUACAUUGGGUGCGACCUGUGCUCCAACUGGUUCCACGGUGCGUGUGUGGGCAUCACGGAGAAGGAGGCCAAGAAGAUGGACGACUACGUUUGUAAUGGCUGCAAGCAGGGCCAGGACUCACAGGACUCAGAGGGCACCACGGAGGAGCUGUACUGCAUCUGCCGGACGCCAUAUGAUGAAACACAGUUUUACAUUGGCUGCGACCGUUGCCAGAACUGGUACCACGGGCGCUGUGUGGGCAUUCUGCAGAGUGAGGCCACCCACAUAGACGAGUACGUGUGCCCGCAGUGUCAAUCCACGGAGGACGCCAUGACGGUCCUCACACCAUUAACCGACAAGGACUACGAGGGUUUAAGAAGAAUCCUGCGCUCCUUACAGGCUCACAAAAUGGCGUGGCCGUUCCUUGAACCAGUAGAUCCCAACGAUGCUCCUGACUAUUAUGGCGUUAUAAAGGAACCGAUGGACCUCUCCACAAUGGAAGACAGAUUACAGAAACGGUAUUACAACAAGCUCACUGAGUUUGUGGCGGACAUGACCAAAGUCUUUGACAACUGCCGCUACUACAACCCCAACGACUCCCCCUUCUUUCAGUGUGCCGAAGUUCUGGAGUCAUUCUUUGUACAGAAGCUCAAAGGUUUCAAAGCUAGCAGGUCUCAUAACAACCAACUACAGACUUCGACCUCUUAGUAUAUACCACAUAUUUGAACAACAAAAAAAUGCACUCUGCGAGAAUGGGGAUAAAUUCUGAACAAUUAAUCCAUGUUGGGACCUGGCUCCUGUGCUUUGUGACCUCUACUCCUCUCCCUCCUUCUGGCCCCACUACGCAGCCCCCAAAGGAAGACUCUCCCUGUAAGACGAGCAGCGCUGCUCCCACACAACUGUCAGGUGGAGCUGCUGCCUGCCCACCUCUGCCACAUGGACAUUUGACAAGAAGUUAAAAUGGAGGGUUUGAAUAAAGGCAUUUCUGAAAAAGGUUACCUUGAAGAAAAUACUUUCUUUGGAUAUCUCACGUUUCCUUGUUCCUUCUUCUUUAUUUGAUUCUUUGUUACCCCUCUAGCCAGUUGAAGAAAUUAAGAAAAGCUUAUGCUUCCAUGGCCAUGCCCAUAAAAAAAAAAAACAUUUGACGCUUGUUUGAACGUUGAAAAAUGUUGAGCUGAAUUGCACUCAGUGUAUCAGAUUGCACAGUGCACUUACGUGUGUGUCUCCCCUUUCAAUCACUUUAUUAGAGGUGGUGUGAAAGAUAUCUCAUUGGGAAGUACUUGCUUGAUUUUGGACCUUCUAGCUUUCUGGACACUAACAGUUUGAGUUUCAGUCAAGCUAUGCUGAAAUGAAUAAAGUAUUUGGUAUUAAUUGCCCAGCAGUAAUGACACUGCUAAGGAUAAAAACACAACAUGUAUUUGAAGGUAUCCUGCCCUGUUUGUAAAACUUGUCAGAUUUUGAAUUUUUGUUUUUGUAUUACAGCUGAAGAGAGUGAUGUAUAUGAAACAUAAUAAAUGGAGAAGACUGAGCUCUCUUCCACUACUGAAA